AUGGAGGAACCCUCCAAUUCUCGAACUGAAUCUGGUUCCUCAAAAAAAUUUAGCUCAGAAAAUAAUUUUGUUCCAAUGGAACUUAAUCCUUCAGUGUUCAUCCCUGAUGAGGUUAUAGAGGAGAGAGUUAAUGAAUGGCGUUUUAGUUUGAUUGGAAGACUGGAUCUGGUUCAUUUAAAGAUAUCAGUUGCAGCAUCUAUUUUGAAAAACCAAUGGAAACUCUCGGGUAAUUGUCAAUUCAUCCAUAUUGGUAAAGGUUUUUCUAUAAUCAAAUUGGAUAAUAAAGAGGACAUGAAAUAUAUCUAUGAAGGUUUAUGGGAAGUAGAAUCUCAAUAUCUUAAGCUUAGAUUCUGGGAACGAGAUUUCAAACCAGAACAACAAAAAUCAACUAGUGCUUUUGUAUGGAUUCUGUUUACAGGUCUUAGUAUUGAGUACUGGAAGGAAGAAAUUUUAAUGUCAAUGGGUAAAGCAAUUGGUAGGCCAAUUCAUGUGGACAACACAACUUUGAAGAAGGAGAUUGGUUAUUAUGCUUGUAUUUUGGUGGAAGUUGAUAUGAAAGACAUUAUUCCUAACAAAGUUGAAACUAAGUACUGUAAAUUUGAGCAAGAAAUUAGAGUCUCAGCAUUGCCAAAGUUUUGCAGUAAAUGCCAAAUUGUAGGACAUUUGGUAACAGAAUGUAGAGUGGCAAGGAGGGAGCAAUCUCAAGGAGCAAAACCAGUGCACAACACUAGAUGGAGAUACACUCCAAAAAAGGUGCAAAACACUGGAGGUUUUGAUUUAUGUCCUCCCCCUAUCAGUAAUGAUUUGACAACAACUAGAGUAACUGAAAAUCCUGAUGUCAUUUUACUUUCUGAUACCACUUUAUCAGUGGGAAGACUUCUUGAAGUUAGAACUAGCAUUCCAUCUACUUUAAAUAUUUUAAACAAGGAUUUAACAGAGAGGAAUAUUUUAUUCAAUGGUGAAGCAAGUGAAUUGUUAACUACUCAAGUUUUAUCUAACAUUUCUGCUACUCAAGAAGAAUGGAAGGAAGUAGCAAGAAAGAAUUCUUCAGCUAAAAAGAAUGGUACUUCUCAAGUCAAUUCUGUACCUGGCAACAAAUUUCAGGCACUGGUUGAUGCUGCUGAAAAACAAGAUCAAACUUUCUCAAAGGUGGUGAGUAAACCUACUAAAGGUAAAAUUAUUAAGGGUAUGCCUAAUGUCAUAACUAGAAAACAGGCUAACAAUUCAGUAAAAACAAACUCUGGUGUGGGGAGUUCUAAUACUCCUCACUCAAAUCCUUCUCAAUGA